UCACUGGCAUCAUUGUUGGUGUGACAUCCCAGCUGCUCAGCCAUGGCCCCCAAGAAAGCCAAAAAGAGGGCAGCCGAGGGAGCCAACUCGAAUGUGUUCUCCAUGUUUGAGCAGGCCCAGAUCCAGGAAUUCAAAGAGGCCUUCACCAUCAUGGACCAGAACAGAGAUGGCUUCAUUGAUAAGAAUGAUCUGAGGGACACUUUCGCCGCUCUUGGACGCCUGAACGUAAAACAGGAAGAGAUCGACGACAUGCUCAAAGAGGCUCCUGGCCCCAUCAACUUCACAGUCUUCCUCACAAUGUUUGGAGAGAAGCUAAAAGGUGCAGAUCCAGAGGAGACCAUCCUGAAUGCGUUUAAAGUCUUCGACACUGAGGGAAAAGGCGUGCUGAAGAAAGACUAUGUGACACAGAUGCUAACAACUCAGGCCGACCGAUUCACCUCUGAGGAGAUGGAGCAGAUGUUUACCGCUUUCCCCCCCGACGUGGCAGGAAACCUGGACUACAAGAACCUGGUGCAUAUUAUUACUCAUGGAGAGGAGAAGGACCAAGAGUGAACCUUUUUGAUGAUAUAUUUUGUAAACGAUAACUAUCAUGUAAAAGGGAGAAAUUCUGCCUUUUUGCUUGUUUUGCUCUCAUUGAUUCUGUACGACUACAGAGUGAAAUCAAAAUGUUUCUUCCCUCAUUACUAAAAUAGAUGGUAAGGAAUUUAAUUACGAUAAGAUGUUUUUUUUUCUUGUAUUCAAAAUACAUUUUUGCUGCCACUGA